GUUCUCCCGUGUACGCUUCAUUCCUCAGAAAGAAGUUGGCUCUCGAAAUGUAAUAUCCCCGAUCCACCCCUAGCGGUGCUUCAAACGUGGCAUGGGCUCCGUCCUCGCGGGGCGCGAUGGCGAAAAUGUGCUACACAUCGGCCAAGACCCUCAGUCCUAUAUCGUGUCAGUGUCAGGAGCUACAAAGACCGAUGCCAACGCGGAUUGGCUGGAAAUUAUGGACGCGCGAUUGGCUGGUGAUCUGACCAAAAUGGGCAACCGUAGCAUAACGCUGCACAGCAUUGCCACGAUACGCCUUGGCGGUACACCAAGACCAUUAGCAUUCCGAGGUCACCUAGAAUGUCUCCAAUCUGUGGUCGAGGCCUCUCGUGGGCACAUAUUCGAUGCGUCUCACCGGCAAUAUCAUCAAUGAGCGCUGAGGCACUUCUGACAUAUGAAACGGUGACCCUCGGGAUGGCUGUCGGAACGUUACGGACCCCUCUGCGAUCCACAGCUAUAUAGCAAAGCGUGCUCUGCUACUUCAUUCUCGUAAACGAUGCACGCGCUACCCUCACCUAAAGUCGCGAGUCGCAUUCUACCCAUAAAUGCCCGGGCGCUACCUCUCCGCCGGGCGCUCCUCACUCCAUGCAUGGCAUCGGCAAUAAACUCGAGGCGCUCGUUUGCCUCUUCGUUCCCGAGGCGCGACGAGAAAGUCCUACAGGUGGCAAAGACGAAUGAAAAGUCCAUUAUAGGUCCCGGGGCUGAGGGUCCUCACAUCAAGGACUUGUCUCCCAAGACACCGGUGGUAGUCCCGUCCAGCACGGAAGAACUCCGCGGCGAUUGGGUCCUAUUCCAUCCGGUGUACAGCCCGGAAGAGCUUCGUUCUGUCGAGGUCUUGUUCAGGGAUGCAAAGACAUUCUCCGACAGAGUCGCACAUACGUUCGUGAAAAUUGCCAGAUGGGCCUUCGACUUUGCUUCCGGCUAUAAACACAAGCCUCUCCCGACUAACGCCGCAUCCAUGUCCCUGGAGGAACUCCGCAACGGCGGUUACCUAAUGGACGAGUCUCAGUGGCUCAGGCGCAUUCUCUUCCUGGAGAGCAUCGCGGCUGUGCCUGGCAUGGUGGCAGCGGCCUUACGGCACCUCCGUAGCUUGCGUCUCAUGAGACGGGAUCACGGUUGGAUACAUACCCUGCUUGAAGAGGCGGAGAACGAGCGGAUGCACCUCAUGACCUUCAUGACACUCAAGAAUCCGUCGCGACUGUUUCGCGCCAUGGUUUUGGGCGCACAGGGCGUAUUCUACAACGCUUUCUUUCUCUGCUACUUGAUCUCACCCAGCACGUGCCAUCGAUUCGUCGGCCAUCUCGAAGAAGAAGCUGUCGUCACAUACACUCGCUGCAUCCAGGAGAUAGAGGCCGGUCGCCUGCCCGAGUGGACGAACCUCCCGGCGCCGGAAAUCGCCAAGGACUACUGGCGUCUCGGGCCGGACGCCAAGUUCCUCGACGUCGUCUACGCGGUCCGCAGCGACGAGUCCACGCACCGUUUCGUGAACCACAGCCUUGCGAGCCUCAAAUAUGAGUCGGAUAUCAACCCGUUCGCACUCCAGGAACCCGAUAUGACCACUAAGGGCUCUCGCAUCUGCUUUGAGCGCGACGAGUCCGCGCGGUUCGCUGAGGAGGCGCAUCGAAAGAUUACAGACAGGCGUGGGGAGGCGGCUUGAGCGUGGUUGCUUUCCAGGCGGCCGCGCAGUUUUGGCAGAUUUCUCCAGCUUGUGUCCGCUCAGCGAGUAUUGGUCCAUCAACAGAUUUGAAGAAUGUGUCAUUGGGAAGGAAUCUCACUCAUCGAUAUCUGUACCGUCGUGUAACAACCUAUCACCCCACUCACUUGCUGUACCAUAGUCAUAAUGAGGAAGCGUAUCGUACUAGGAUACAUGGUACUCCAACUACUUGCCACCGCUGACUUUAAACAAAUGUUCAGCCUGCGAUCCAAUGAUGUUAUCCCGCAGAUGCGAUCCUGUAAAUAGGUGAAUUGCAUAGUUACGAAACCCUUCUACUGCUGGUGUUGGCAGCGGAGUCACAUGCGCGCCUUGGCCGUAGGGCUGAACGUCUUGUCCAAGAUUUCGGCGAGGAUAUUUGCGACACCUAUGGGGUUCUCUUGGACGACAAAAUGACCAGCUUCCGGAACGGUGUGAACCGAAGCGAUAUUGAGUCGCUUCGGGAGUGAGUCAUAGGACCAUUGAGGGAUGAAGUCCACCCUCUCUGCCAGGACGAGAUAUAUUGGCGUGGAAGGGUCGACACGUGCGAGAAGUUCCGUGGCUCGAUAGUGAAGCUCCUCGUGCUCAUAUUGGGACCAUUCUUGUUUUGGAGUGCAACACAGCGUGACUUUGUUGGCUCCCGCCUGUGUGUCUUUCCCUGUGAUAUCCCUUAUGGCAUGUUGCACAAGCAGGUCUAGGAUACGAGGAUGCCACAAUUGCCAGGGGACCCUUUUUGCGAAGAAGGCGCGAGCCUCCUCUCGGCCGGGCCAGAAGUUUCUUCUCUUGGAUAUCGACUUGAUCAUGAAUCUGAUUCCCAUCAGCUGUUCUUCCCUAUUCUCGAAGCAUGCCUCCUUUGUGGCUAUUGAGGGUUCAACCAAUAUGACAGCUUUGUAACGUAUGGCUGGGUAUCCGUCGCCCCCAGUCGUGAGGCCGACAAGGCAAGAUCCCGCCGAAUGCCCGAUGGCGACGAGCUGAUGACCGUCGAGCUUACCGGAUGCAACGAAGGCUUUCACGCCAUCUGCCAAGUCACUUAAAGAAACGAUGUUUUUGUCACCCAGGACCGCGGCGUUGACUACAGCACCCUCUCCGGCGUUCUGGGCGUCGAACGACCAUGCCUCACGUACGAGACACAUGCCAUUUCCGUCCUUGAAGUGGAAGAGGUGUUCAAUCGUAGGCUCCCAUACUUCUUUGUGUGACCCGGUACAGUGAGCGAACAGCAGAGUCGGUCCAUUUAAGCUAGGGCUCCCCGGUACGUAACGCUUUGCGACAAGCUUGAGCUCCCCGGCCGCGCUGUGUCUGCGGUGAGGGAAUAUCACUGUUGCCGUCUGGAUCGUCAUCCCGGUACCUUCAACGCGCAGUAUCCAAAGGAGCGUAGAGUACCGGUAUUGUCAGUCUCGG